AUGAUUAGGUUUUUGAGUAAAAAUAAAUAAGGAGUUGCUUCAUAAAAACUGGUAAUUAUCUUUUUUAAAAAUAAAGAUAAUUCUCUAACAAAAGUAACAGGAUUAAUUGAAUAGAAUGUAUUAUAAAUAAUUCAUAAAAAUAAGAUUGAUUGGAAGGUACAUGUUAAUUAAUCAUAAGCUUGUUCAACUUGUCAUUUGAUACCUGAAGAAGAAGAUUUAUUAUAUUAGGGUUAUGGGUCGACAGAAACAUCUAGAUUAGGAUGUAAAGAAUAGAUAAAUGAAAAGAUUUGAGAAUGUUGUGAUACAAUUACCAAAUCCAAAAAGGAAUUUCUGAAUAGAUGGUCAUAAAUCAAAGUCUCAUUGAUUUAAUUAAAUUAUGAAUAAAUAUAUUCUUAAAAUAGG